AUGGCUGCUGAUUGGGAGACUAAAGCGGCGGAGCGACGCCAACAACUCACCAACACCAUCCCGGAGGGCUGGCGGCUCAAGUCGGAGCUAAUCAACGAGCUCCAGACGCCGCUCGAAGAGCACGACAACAACGUCCUCGAGCUCGGCAUCUGCCGGCACUCCGGCAUCCUCUCCGACAAGGAGCUCGCCAUCACCGAGUCCUACAGCGUGUCGGCGUUGCUGCAGGCGCUCGCGGGCGGGACGCUGACGGCGCUGGAGGUGACGACUGCGUUUUGCAAGCGCGCCGCCAUCGGUCACCAACUCCUCAAUUGCUGCACGGAAAUCCUCUUCGACAGGGCUUUGCAGAGGGCCGCAGAGCUGGACGCGAGGCGGGCUGCCGGCGAGCCGCUGGGUGCCCUUCACGGCUUGCCGAUCAGCGUCAAGGACAACGUGCAAGUCGAGGGGGCCGGCGCGACGCUCGGCCUGGUGGGCUUCUUCGACGACGUGUCGGAGCAGAACUCGGCCGUGGUUGACAUCAUCCUCAAGAAUGGCGCCGUCAUCUACUGCAAGACGAACGUGCCGCAGACCAUGAUGACAGUCGACAGCCACAACAACAUUUUUGGACGGACACUGAACCCACACAAUACGAGUCUUUCGGCUGGUGGCUCUAGUGGUGGUGAAGGCGCCAUUGUGGGAUUCAGAGGCUCGCCUUUGGGUCUGGGCACUGAUGUAGGAGGGUCUGUUCGGUUUCCAGCAGCCUGUAAUGGCGUCUACGGGUUCCGCCCUACCGUCGGCCGUAUUCCCGGCGGGGACUUGAAGAUCUGCGUCGACCCAGGCAUGCGCCAGAUCAAGUCGUGCAUCGGCCCGCUCGCCAACGACAUCGAUGCGCUCAGCCUGCUCAUGAAGGUCGUCAUCGACGCCCGCCCCUGGCAGCUCGACCCGAGCGUCAUCGACAUCCCCUGGCGGGCCGUCACCGUCGAGGCCGGCCGCAAGCUCCGCAUCGGCGUCAUGCCCGCCGACCCGGCCCUGCCUCUGCACCCGCCGGUGCGCGACGCCGUCGAGCGGGCCGCCGCCCAGCUCACCGCGGCCGGCCACGAGGUCGUCCGGCUGCAACCGUCCGAGUGCAUGCUUUGGGAGUCCAUACAGGCAGCGUUUGGCCUCUUCUCACUCGACACGACGGGCCAGCGCAUCGUGGAGGCGGCGGGCGAGCCGCCGAUCCCCUCGCGGACGAGCCUGUACAAGGGCAUCACGUUCGCGCCGUGGACGUACCUGGCGGACGCCAAGGGCCUCGAGGGCUUGGCGCUCCUGUCGGCGCUGAACAAGAAGAGAGCGGAGAUUACGGGCGUGUGGCACGCGACGUACACCAAGCACAGCCUGGAUGCGGUAAUUGGGCCGCUGAUGCAGCACACCGCGGCCCCGCAUGACGAAUUCGCAAGUUCGGCGUAUGGUACCAUCUUCAAUCUGAUUGAUUACCCGGCAUGUGUAAUUCCAUUUGGCAAGGCUACUGCCAAGGAAGGGGACACUUUUGAGGUGAAGCCAGGCCAGUAUGCUUCAGAAUACAAGCCAGCCAAGUCGGAGGGCAUGCCCUGCACCAUCCAGAUUGUGACGCCAACCAUGCGAGACGAAGAGUGUCUGGCCAUCUCCAAAGUUAUCGACACAUGCCUCAACAAAUAG